AUGCUAUUCAGUGCGAAGGAAAUUAAACCAAACAUACUAAGUGGCCAGUUUGCAGAAUCAAGGCAUGCAGAUGUUUCAACGGUGCAUCCGGGACCUGGUGGUGAUGGCCUCAUAUCACAGAACCCGGGCAAGCCAAAACCUCUCCCACCUCCGCCUACACCAUGUGGUGGAGUGUUCGCUCUGAACACCUUUUCUUCUGACGAUUAUUCUUUUACAACCAAUCCCAAUGAUAUGAAUAGUCUUACUUCGUCGGAUUGGGGGGAUGAAGCAUGUGAAAUUGACAGGCAGCGAUCGCAGCAUGUACAGCAAUUAUUCAACUUCAUUGAUCAGAUGCUUUUUGAACCAGAAUGUCUAAAGACUAGCCUCUGUGGCCCCUCCAAACGACUGGCCAGUUCUGACUUUGCCUCGGUGAAGCACCUAAUACCCGAGUGCGAGGAGUGGGUGGCAAAGUUUCCCCACUUUCGCCUCCAUGGUGUGCAGAUUCAACCGCCUCUGAUGAACUCGAGAAGACAGCCGCAACAAUGGCAACCCAUGGUAGGACAGCAAAUUAGACCCCCCGAUUACCGCUUGGAUGCACCACCGCCCACAAUGCGGCGAUUCACUCGAUCGCCAGAGACUAUCAGAGCGCCUCAAAUUCCGCUGGACUUGCAGAAUGUACCCCGCUUGUGUCUACCAGCAUCACCCUUGGUGAUCCAAGGCCAAAAAAUUCAAACAUCCUCCUCAGUGAACACAACAACUUGGCUCAAUCGCUCUCGCGUGAGUCGAGUGGCGUCGCGAACUCAAGUUGGUGCUGCUCAUGCGCGAUUUCUGCACCCCAACAAUGGCAGAACUCCCCUUUCAACCCUCCCCGAACAUGCUCUCACAACCACCCCCUACGAGGCAGUAACAAGAUUGGCUGCUAAAUCGAAGAAACCCCUGUAUUCGGUUCGCCAAUGGGGAAGUCAAGUGGUCAAGGCUCCCGAGAAUCAAGUCAUGACUCGAUCUCCCCAGUGUGCCGUCUACAUGGGAAGCAGGACUGCAAAGUCACACGACGGAAUGAUGAGUAAAGAGGCGCUGACACAAGCACUGGUGGAAAUUAUUCUUAAUGAAGUACUAGGAGCACUGGAUAAUGGAAUGUCUGCCUCAGAGAAACUGAAGGACUCUUUCGCUGUUACCGCCAAAUUGUCGAAAAGCCUUGUAACUCUUAAUUCGAAGGAAUUGGAAAACGAGGGAGGAUCACGUCGGGCGAUGUCUCCAAAUCCACCGUCCUCAACAAAGACACCGUCACCUUCACGGUUGCAAGAUCGAAAGAGUCCGGAAAGUUCCAAAAAUUUUGUACUCGCCGGAAAGUCUUUCACUCUCACGACUGAUUUCAGCAACUUCGCCAUCGCAGCCUCCACAUCCUCCAUCUCCACAACGGAGAGUCGCAAUACCAAGUUUUCCAUCACCUGGCCCAUUCGACCCGACUACAAGAGCUCCCUAAAAUGCCUUUUGGACCCAAUUCGGACUUCGCCCACCAUUUACGGACGCUCCAACACUCCUAGUGGGCGGAAUAGAUUACAAACUGGCUCCACUCUUCCACCGAUCAUGAUAAAUAGGCCGAACCUUCAAUUGAUGUCGCGCCAUUUCAGACGGCCAGGCAAUGAUGCCUCUCGAUUGCCCUCAAUUUUUCCCACUGCAGUAAAUUAUCCCGAUGGAGAGGACAGUGAGACGAAUUACCACUGCUCCGCGAAAGUAUCGCUUCAUGGGGGAAGCAACCAGACUGCUGUUUUGGGGCACUUGUCUCACUUGCGUGAGCCACUGAACAGUGAAAGACUGUCACAACAUCAGAUGGAUGUUCGACAAAAUCACUCGUGUGCGACCAAGACUGAAGCCAGUUUGUGGAUGGAUAAUGACUCCCUCAUCUGCGAUAUAUAA